AUGGCCGAACAACAGGUGCGACGGAAGCAGUUGAUUUAUUCUAUAUUAAAAUUUUUGGAUAAUGAAAUUCGAACUGAAACAACAAAUGCUGAAAGACGAGAAAGCAUGGAAGUUGCUGCUCAAUGCCUUGAAACAGCCUACGAUGUAAUGUUGAAUAAUCAAGAAGGUGAUAGAAUUUAUGGUCCACCAGUCGAUUUGUUAUCAUUAGUAACAUCAACAACGUCUUCGAUCGUUAACACUCCAUCCUGGUCAUCUCACACAAAUACACAAUUUUCUUCAAUUUCAUUAACAGACGAUAUGCGUCAACAAGCAGAUAAACUCAAAAAUGAUGGAAAUGAAUUGAUUAAACAAGAAAAAUAUAAAGAAGCAUUAAAUGCUUAUAAUGCAGCAAUUAAUAUUGAUGGAAAUAAUGCCAUUUAUUUUUGUAAUAGAGCAGCAGCACAUAAUAAAUUGGGAAAUAAUGAUCAAGCUAUUGCUGAUUGUCAUCAUUCAAUAACAAUCGAUCCAAAUUAUAGCAAAGCAUAUGGACGUCUUGGAAUUAUUUAUUUAUCAAUGGACAAAGUAAACGAAGCAUAUGAUGUGUAUAAACAAGCACUAGCAUUAGAACCAACAAAUGAACAUUACAAACAAUCAAUUAAAAUAUGUGAGGAACGAAUGGGGGCAUCUAAUGGAAAUAAUGUGGGAUCCACUGCUGGCGCUACAGGUGGAACAUCUGGAAUGCCAGCUGGUAUGGCAUCAAUGUUUGGACAGAUGAUGGGCGGUGCACAAGGCGGUCCAGAUAUGAUGUCAUUUUUCAAUAAUCCUUCUUUAAUGAAUAUGGCUAUGCAAUUUGUUCAAAAUCCACAAGUGCAAGGCUUGUUCGUAUCUUUUGUUCUUGAAUUCAUUUUUCUAGUUAUUAUUAACACAUUUAUUUUUUUUCCUAGAAUGGCCAAUUUAGUAACAAAUCUUGGCACACAACAAGGAGGACAAGGUGGAUUUGAAGCGUUGCUAGAAACUGGUCAGCGAAUGGCUUCUGAAAUAUCGGCAAACAAUCCAAAUUUGAUUGAAUCAAUUCGUCGAAAUAUGGGAAAUAGAUCGUCAGAUGCUAACUCAAGUAAUAAUAAUCCCGGUGGUUCGACUAAUAAUAGUAACAAUACUUCGGCUGAUCAAAAUAAACCACCGUCAUGA